AUGCGCGCGUCCACGAGCGCGAACGUUGCGUUGCCGCGGCGACGCGGCACACGCGCAUCGACGCGCAUCCAAGGGGUUGGAAAGUCGAUAUCGACGCCCCGCGGCGUGUUACGCGCGCAUACGCGUCAUGCACGACGGUGUGCGACCGCGCGUGCGGCGUCGACGUCGAACGAAGGCGGGAACGACGGUGAACUCAACGCUGCGGUGCUUCGAAACUUUUUGUUCCCGGCGCUCGCGGGCGCACUCUUCGGAUGGGAUAUCGGAAUCUCCUCGGGGGCACUGGAGAACAUCACCGCGAGUGCGGCGAGUGGAGGGGACGGGUUUGCGCUGACCAGCAUACAGAGUGGGCAGUUUGUGAGCGCUUCGCUAUUCGGCGCGUUGACGGCGAGCGCAGCGGCCGGCGCCGGCGUGGGCGAUCGAUUAGGCUCGAGGAAAGAGCUCAUAUUGGCGGCGACGCUGUAUUUGGUUGGGAGUGUUGCGUCGAGUGUCGCGCCAGGAUUUGAGCCUUUGGUUCUGGCCAAGUUGAUUUAUGGUUUGGGAAUCGGCUUUGCGAUGCACAGCGCGCCGGUGUACAUCGCGGAAACCGCGCCAAGCUCGUUGCGUGGAAGUCUCAUUUCGCUUAAGGAAGGAUUCAUCGUGGGCGGUAUUUUGCUCGGUUACUUGGCGAGCGAAGGCGUGAUCACUGCUGACGGAGGCUGGAGGCAACUAUCGCUGGAGGCGACGCCUCUAAUCGGUUUGUUGCUCGCGGGCGCGAUUUGGUUGCCCGAUUCGCCUCGAUGGAUCGCGUCCAAGAGUGGAGAUGGGAAAGACACGCGUGAUGAGGCGCGUGAGGCACUAGUUAGAAUUAGAGAGGCGAAGAGUGACGUGGAGAUGAUGAAGAUUGACGAAGAAUUGGAGGAUAUUUUCAUGGCCGCGGUGAGCAACAACAGCUCCGCCGGCGGCUCGGGCGCGAUGAGUUUGUUUGACAAGAAAUAUGUGCGGCCGUUGUACAUUGGACUGUCUGUGGUCUUAUUUCAGCAAUUUACCGGGCAACCGAGCGUACUGUACUACGCGACGCAGACGUUCGAAGCCGCCGGUUGGAGCGUCGAGGACGCGGCAAAUGUCUCCGUCAUUCUCGGCAUCUGGAAGCUAUUUAUGACUGGCAUCGCCGUCUCCAAAGUGGACAGCCUGGGACGACGUCCGCUGUUGCUCGGUGGUAUUAGCAUCAUCACUGCAUGUUUGUUUGCAUUGGCGGCGCUGAACACGCCCGGAGAGGUGCAAACGACGGCGCAAGCGCAAGCGUCCGUCGCCGCCAUCUUUCUUUAUGUCGGCGCGUAUCAGUUAAGUUUCGGCCCGAUCGCGUGGUUGCUCGUGGGCGAGGUCUUUCCAUCCAAGGUGCGCUCCGCAGCCGUAGGAUUGGCUACGCUGAGUAACUUUGGUAGCAACUUUCUCGUGUCCUUGUUCCUUCCAACAGUGCAAGAAACCGUCGGCUUGCGCGGCACGUAUUUGGGCUUCGCGUCCGUCGGCGUCCUAGCUUUGGCAUCGAUUUACUUCACCGUCGUUGAAACUCGCGGUAAAACGCUCGAAGAAAUCGAGGCCGAAUUAAUGCAGUAG